AUGUAUUCUUCAAUCUUGCUUCUCUUUCUCAGUCCCCUUCCAUACUUGGUAUUCGCACGACCUGGAGCAAACCGAAUCCACAAACGCGAAAGCACUCUCAUCCCAACUUCCUGCUUUGACAGCAACGCAACGCUUAACGAGUACUUCAACUACAAUUACCCGUGGGGCGACACCCAUAAUGGCGCCGCCAUCAUGAGUAGCGCCAACGCCGUCAUCUCCACAGCCGGCACUUUAACUCUAAACGCCACUUAUACCGGAGCCUCGGACUACGCUUACGACUCCGGCACCGUCUGGUCCAAACAAGCCUUCACGGUAGAAGAAUCAGGUGGCUUGGACUUUUCCGCCGACUUUCUCGCUCCAGUGACAACGGGCACGUGGCCCGCAUUCUGGCUCGAUGGCGUGAACUCCUGGCCUCCGGAGGUCGAUAUUGCGGAAUGGAAGGGAACCGGCGAUAUCAGUUUCAACACGUUUAAUACCUCUAGUGUGGUCACGGCGCUUAAUGUCGAUUAUCCCGAUCCGACCGAGUUUCAUACCGUCAAGGCGGAGUUUAGGGAUGAGAAUGGGAGUGACGUAAGCAUCAAGUUUUAUCUUGACGGGGUACUUAUCACGACGCAAUUUGCGAGUGGCCUUACUGGACAGCCAUUGUAUUUGAUUAUUGAUUUGCAGAUGGAGGGGAGCAGUGGAACUCCAGGACCAACUGGGACAACGCUUUAUGAACUUAAGAAUUUGGAGGUUAUUAGCCAGAAUCCUUGA